AUGAAUGUGGGCGCCGAAGUGUUGGUGGCGCAACGGCCAGAUGAGCUUCCAGAUGCGGGACAUCUGACCUCCCAACCGACCAUCUUUUACGAGUCCGAUGCCGCCGAAAUGGAUGCCGCUUGCUCGACAACAACAGGUAACCCCCUCCGCCCCAAAAAAUAUGUAUAAUACCUAGUACAACAUACACAGAUUUCAAAAGUCAAAUUUUGAUCUUCCAACCAAAAGUGUAAAAAAAUCCAAACUUUGGACUUAGUCCACGGAGUGGACUUCGUCUAUCUAGAUGGACGAAAAAGCAAAAGUCCACGGGAACAAAUUUGCCUGGACUAAUACCGGCAGAUUUAGUCCACACUUUGGAUCCGGCAAAAAGUCCAUGAAAUUUUUGGACGAGAUUGGGCGAAUUUCGUCCAAAGUUAACUUUGGACGAAAUCCGCAGGGGUCGAACAGACAAGUGCGCUGAAAUUUAUAAAGCACCUCCCAUAUAUAUUUUGAUGUUUUCGGUGGGAAACUGAUGGAUUUAUUGGGGAAAUGAGUUAUAGAAGGAAGAAUAUGCCCUAAACUUGCUGUAGAUAUUGGUUACAUUCAGAUUUUUGUUGAUCAACAUUACUUUUUACCUUAUUGUAGGUUCAACACCCAUUUUUUUGAAGUUCUUGCCGAAAAUUAUUCCCCCCGCCUGCGAAAGCCGUUCUUUUUGUAGAGAAUUUGAUAUCACUCGAUUCCUUAUUUCAUCCUCUAUCUAAAUCGCUAACUCUGAUCCGUUUUCAGACGAAGAUUUGCAGUCAAACUGCGCCAAAACGGUGCGUCGUCGGCAGCGCAAGUGCUCCUCGGAUGAUGGAAUCCAUUACGUUGACGACGAUGAUGGAGUCGAGUUCCAACUCGAUCAACGGCAUCUGAAUCGGGUCCACGAGGAGUUGGAGAAGCUGAAUAUUGCGACGGAUGUGAUCAACAAGCUGGAAUUGCAGUUGGACCGGGAGAGGGAAAAGUUCAAGGAAUUGCAUUCCCAAUGGAGCAAGGAGUCGGCGGACAUCAAAAAGAAGUACGAUUCAGCGAUAAAGAAGAGUCGGCCGUAUUAUGAAGCGGUUGCGGAGGUGAGGAGUUUGGUUUUUGAGGGAAAUUUAUAUUACACUUGAGGUCUAGAUGAAAAAGAGCCGAGAAAUUGAUUUUUUCAAUGAAAUUUGGUUGAUGUUUGGAUACUGAUAGAAAGAAUAGUCUAUAUCGUUGCUGAAACUCACAAAAAAUUGUUGAUUUUAUUCGAUUUUUAUGAGCUAUAUUACACUUGAGGUCCAGAUGAAAAAGAGCCGAGAAAUUGAUGUUUUUAAUGAAAUUUGUUUGUUGUUUGGAUACUGAUAGAAAGAAUAGUUUCUAUCAUAGCUGAAACAGACAAAAAUUUUUUGAUUUUAUGCGAUUUUUAUGAGUUAUAUUACACUUGAGGUCCAGGUAAAGAUGAGCCAAAAUUUUGUUGGCUUGAUUGGAAUUUCUUCGAAUUUUUGCUAUUAUAAGUGGGAGGAGGUCUUAUUAGUUCUUAUUUUAUUGAAAUCGUUGUUUGCUUGUGAUAAUUUUGCGGUAAAAUCAUCUAUUUUAUAUUGUACUAGAGGUCUAGAUGGAAUUUUUUUGAAAAUGCGAGAUUUUUAAUAAAUUUUCUUUGUUUUCUGGGGUUUAAUAGAACUAGGACGAAAGAUUAAUGUUUGAAAAGCAAUUUAGUGAAAAAUUGAAUUCUUUAGCUAUUGAAUUUUUCCGUUUUAGGAGCGAAAACUCCGCGAACAAGCGCAACAAGCGGCGGCCAGCUUCGAGCGCGCCAAUUCCAUGCUCCAAGUGGCCAAACAGCAAGUCAAACUCACGCAAGACAGUCUGACCCGUCAGAAAAUCAUCGAACCCGAGUGCUUGGAGGUCCUCAACCACCACAUUCAGCGCGUCAACGAGGCCGAACAGCAGAGAUUGGAAGCCGAAGAGACGCAUCGAAUCCUCUCCCACCGACUAAUCGAUGUGACGCAACGCGUCAAACAGCUGGCCAAGGAGAAUGCCAGGUCCAUCAAGAAGACUCGCCACUAUUUUGAUCUUCAUAUGGACUUUCGCAGACGCUUGGAUCAGCAGAAACAAAAAAUCUCGUGCUUGGAGUCGGAGGUGAAGCAGAAAAAGAGAGAUUACACCAGUUCGUUGAGGAAUUUGGAACAGAUUUCGGACUCAAUUCAUGAGGAGAGAAGUGUAGGCGAUUUUGGAGAGGUUUUUGGGAUUUAGCCUGAGGGAAUUUUGCGGGUUUUUGGAGAUUUUUUGAAAUUUUUCGUUGAAAAAAUUAUUUUUGAAAAAAUUUUUUUCAUGGACUAAAUUAAGGCUUGCAAUAGAUAGAAAAGGGACUGUGAUGAAUUUUAGAGAGAUUUUUAUUAUUUUGCCUAAGGGGAUUUUGCGGUUUUUUGGAGAUGUUUUGAAAUUUUUGGUCAAAAAAUAUUUUUGAAAAAAAAAUUUUUUAUGGACUAAAUUAAGGUUUUCAGUGGUUAGCAAGAGGGCUGUGAUGAAUUUUAGAGAGAUUUUUAUUUUUUUGCCUGAGGGGAUUUUGCGUUUUUUAGGAGAUUUUUUGAAAUUUUUGAUCAAAAACCAUGAUUUUUUGAUAUUUUUGAAGAUUUCUCGAAAUUAGUGGCUUGAAUCAAGAUUAAUUUGCUUUUAAAAUACGAUUCAAUUACUCUAGGAACAAUGAUUUCAGUUGUCAAGCGCGAAACACAGCGCGCGGACGCCGGAUUCGACGAGGAAAUCGGUCUCUGCAGUGGGACUCUCGAAAUUAACGGCCGACGAAAACGACUCGGCCCUCAGCGACGACGACAUCAAGCACUGCCGACAUCAGCGCACCGAGUCCGGCAUCACUGGACUGGAUUCGCAGUCGUUGACGUCGGCGUCGUCGGUCAGCGGACUGAGCAUGGGCUUCCAAAGGGAUUCGAUGGUGAGUUUUUUCAAAAUUUUUGCUUUUUUUUGAAAUUUUAGGAUCUUUUUUGACGAUUUUUGAAUUGUGAAGGGUCUGAGAAGGACUCAAAGGGAAUUUGAGAAGUUCUCAGAGAGUUUGAAGCAGAUUAUAAACUCGAAAUUUGCAGAUCAGCGAGUUCUGCGGCACCUUGGACCCUACUAUAAUGUUCGAGGAGGAAUUCGAACUCAGAGAACAGACCACCGACUACAACAGCACCUCGGAAAGCCGUCGUAGGUCGGGUGUGAUCCUCCUGGCACAACGGUUGAUGGGCAACAGCCACGACGAACACCCCUCGCCCAUCUCUUCUGGGUAAGCCCCGCAGCGCUUUAGUCGGCUUAUUUCGGUAUUUUGGUUAGUUAAUUUGAUCAUUUUUUGAAGUUUUUUUGUGGAUUGUGGGGUGUGAGAGGGAUUUUUGAGGAGGAGUUUGGGCAUGCAGUUUGAGUUUUGAUUAAAAAUUAUAUUAUUUUAGGUGUUUUUGGGGGAUUUUUUGAAUUUUUUGGUGGAAGAAGGAGUUUUAGUGAAGAUUAUGGAUAGAUAUAGUAAUAAGAGAGUUUAGGAUGUAAAAUGAGUGAAGAAUUCAAAAGAUUUGACCUUGUUUUAGACAAUUUUUUUGAGAUUUUUGCUGUUUAUGCCAAUUUUAGGUAAAUUUGAUAAAUUUUUGCAAAUUUUUUUGAUUUUUUUUGAUGAUUCAGAUAACUGAGGGUCUGCUGGUGUCCUAGAAGUUUUGUUUUUGCCAAAAUUUGUUUGAUUUUUUUCGCCAGUUUUUUAAUUUUUUCAAAUUUUUGUUAAAUUUUUUAAUUUUUAAUGGUGAUGGAUAAGAGAAAUAGCAUUUUUAUGUCUUGUUAGAGUGAGCUUGAUGUGUUUUGUGAUUUUUGUGAGGAAAAAAUUGAGAUUUUUUGUUGGAUUUUGCUAAUUUUUCGCGAUUUUCAGCUGCUCCGACGACCAAGAUCUCCGUUACCAGACGAAGCCGGAGGGCAUCACCUCCGCCGAAUCCCCCAUCCAGUCAUAG